AGAGCAGUGCCUGGGGAGGCGAUAUAAUAAACCUUGAAUAUUUAUAUAAAGACUCUACCUUCUCUAUUUUAGUUAUGAGUUCUAUUUUAUAAACGAAUUCGGAAUUUACUAGAGACUUCUCAGAUUCGUUCGGGAACAAGCAUAGAAGAUGCCUGUAUCUACCACAACCAAUCCUCAAUCCGUCCCCGGACCGUCAAAUUCGACCCUGCAGUUCCCUCCGAUUACAAGGGAUCAUAUAAUCAAUUGUUCAUACGAUUCUUGGUUCCCUAAAUACCGUACAUCAUGCAUAAAAUCGCGGAUUAUCCCGCUUUCACCAGAGUUCAUAGAUUACAUUCGCGAAGAUGGCAUUGUUCUUGCCGAUGACGAUAGAGCGGAGCCGGAGAACGAUGAAUGGGAAUCAGCACCUUCGACAUUUCGACCACCUAUCGAAGAAGUCGAAUCAGACUCCGACAGUGACGAUGAAGAGGAAGCACCAAGUCUGCCACCAAACCAGAGAUUCCCCGAGCUGCACCAGACCAUCAAGGACAAGAUCACCGAAUUAGGUGGCGCGGUGGCGCCAAAGCUGAACUGGACAGCGCCAAAAGACGCAGCCUGGAUAUCACCACACCAGAACACAAUCAAAUGCACGUGUCCCAACGACAUCUACCUACUCCUAAAGAGCUCAAGCUUCAUCACACACGACCUAGACCACGCCUUCGACAACUGCACACCCACAAGCAACACCUCCGCCUCCACCUCCCCGCCCUUCAAACCCGUCCUCGUGCUCCGCUCCUACUUCAACCCGCACACAGCAAUGGAGUUCCGCUGCUUCGUCAAGCACCGCAACCUCAUCGCCAUCUCGCAGCGCGACCUAAACUUCUACGAGUUCCUGAAGUCGCUGCGCGCGGAUAUCGUGGGCCGGAUCGGGCAGCUGUUUAAUAAGAGCCUGCGGUACACGUUCCCGGACGGCAACUUCACCUUCGACGUGUACAUCCCCGAGGGCGAGGACGAGCCGCUCUCCCGCGCCCGCCUUAUCGAUAUUAAUCCCUGGGCCCCGCACACAGAUAGCCUGUUGUUUGGUUGGGACGAGCUGCUUGGGAUGGAAGUCCCGGAUGGUCCGGUUUUGGGGGUUAUUGGUGGGGUUGAUGAGGAGGUGCCGGGAAUGUUGGAGGAGGAUGAGGAUGAUGAGAGUGAAGAGGAGGACUUUGCACCGGAGCUGCGACUGGUUGAGAAGGAGGACCCGUCGGCGUUCAACUUCAGCUCGCCGCAGUACUCGGCGCAUAAGCUGCCGAAGGACGUGGUGGAUGCGAGUUUGGCUGGGGAAGGAGGCAUGCGCGAGUUCGCGAGGAAGUGGAGGGAGAUGACGGAGUAUAGGGAGAAUGUGGCGGGUUGGGAGAUGGAUGAUAAAUAGGUAUCGUAUGGGUGAGGUGUUUGGAUAUGGUAUACGAUGUCUCUACUUGGGAGGAAGUGUUUUUGAAAUGGAUUCAUUGACAUAUCCUCGCUUGACCUCAACGCUCAUAGAAACCCGCCCGUAUUACUUAUUGGUGUAGGUAGGUAAGUUAAUCUCCUACUACGAAGACAAAAUAUUGCUAGGAGUCGAGGAAAACCCGGAA